AUGUCACUAGUGAUCCCCGAGAUGUUCCAGUACAUUUUGAGAGUACUCAACACCAAUAUUGAUGGGUGGCAGAAAAUAGUCUUUGCCAUCACAGCCAUUAAGGGUGUGGGGUGGAGAUAUGCUCAUGUGGUGUUGAGGAAAGCAGACAUUGACCUCACCAAAAGGGCUAGAGAACUCAUGGAGGAUGAAGUGGAAUGUGUGAUCACCAUCAAGCAGAAUCCACAACAGUAUAAGAUAACAGACUGGUUCUUGAACAGACAGAAGGAUGUGAAGGACAGAAAGUACAGUCAGGCUCUGGCCAACAGUCUAGACAACAAGCUACAUGAGAACCUGGAGCGACUGAAGAAGAUGAGAGCCCAUAGGGGGCCGCACCACCCUUGGGGCCUUCAUGUCCAAGGUUAG